CGCCAUUCUACUGGUGUCAAUUUCUUAUAAUCUCUCUGUGUGUCCAUUCAUUUAGUUUUAUUUUGUAUUUCAUUUAUUCCACUGACUUCUUAUUAAAACAGCAGAUUCCAUCUAAAUACUAUGACUUUAUAAUAAAAAUGCAAACAACCACAGGGGAAAAUCUUAGGAGGGUCUGCUAAGUUAAACAAUAUGAUACAUGUAAGAGGCAACAUAUCACAUUAUGUGGAAUGGUUUCACAGAAAGUAUCCUGAAUCCUUUAUUAAAGAACAAUUUGAAUACAUUGAGAAAAAUAUUCUCAAACUUAACAAUAUCAGAUUUACAACUGAGUUAAGUAAUGGUAUGUUAGAAGCUGCAAGAGAAUUGGGUUAUAAUGAACUGGAUAUGGAUUUUAAAAGUGGUUUUCGCAAACCCCUUCUGUAUCAAGAUGAUGGAAAGAGAUGGACCAUAUCUGAUUUGAUUUAUAAGCAUGUCUUAACAAAUACAUUUGUUGAAAAACUUUUGAUAAAAGAAAAUAAAUGUAUUGGUGUUAAACUUCUAGGUGGUUUUAAAAUUUUUGCAAACAAUGGUGUAAUCUUGUCUGCUGGUACACUAAGCAGUCCAAAAAUAUUGCAAUUGUCUGGCAUAGGUCCUGCUAAAUUAUUAAAAAGAUUUAAUAUAACUUUAGUAAAAGACUUGCCAGUAGGCAAAAAUCUUCAAGACCAUAUUGGUACUGGCUUAGAUUUAGUUCAGUUUAACAGAUCAUUAUCAAUAAAUUCUUUUAAUUUCUUCAAUCCAUACAAUAUUUUCAAUUAUUUCUUUCAUGGGCAAGGCCCCUUUACAACUCCAGGUUGUGAGGCUAUUGGAUUUUUGUCAACAAAAAAUACCACAGUACCUGAUAUACAAUUCAUGGUGUUACCUGUUGGUAUAAGUACAGAUCGUGGCAGCCAUAUAAGAAAAAGCUUGAAUCUAAGGGAUAAAACAUGGUUUAAUUAUUUUGCAAACUUUUUUGAAAACCAUACAUCUUCUAUAUUUACAACAAUUUUGAGUCCAAAAAGCCGAGGAGAGGUUUAUAUUCAAAGUAGCAAUGCAGUUGUCCCACCCAUUAUAGAUCCAAAAUACUUAAGUGACAGGGAGGAUGUUUCAACUUUGAUUGAUGGAGUUAAACUAUUAAGAAACUUUGUAUUAACUGAAUCAAUGAAAUCAAUUGGUGCUUUUAUGAAUACAAACUAUUUUCCUGGUUGUGAAGAGUUUGAAUACUUUUCUAAUUCAUAUUUAGAGUGUUAUAUUAGACAUUUAACCCUAACAAGCUAUCAUCCCAUAGGUACAUGUAGCAUGGGGCUGCCAGAUGAAAAUUCAUCUGUAGUUGAUUUACAAUUUAAGGUUCUAGGCAUAGACAAUUUAUUUGUAGUUGAUGGAUCAGUAUUGCCAACUUUACCCAGUGGCAAUAUUAACGCGGCUAUUGCUAUGAUGUCAAAUAUAUUUUUUAUACAGAAAUUUAAACCAAAUAAUGGCAGGCCAAAGAGUUUUUGUACAUAUCGGUGUAAAUACUUUAUAAGUGAAUUUAUUUUAAAAAUUUGCCAAAAAAAUAUUUGAAAAUUUAAAAAAAUGGUUUUAUUUACAUUUUUUACUUAUUUUAUGAAGUAGAAGCUCAAGUAUGCUUUGGAAUCUGCUGGUGGAAUGUUUCUACUACUGACCAAGCUCCUUUUUAAACACCAUGUUGUUGUAAGAGAUUGUGGGUGGUGGUGAUCACUUAACAACAGGUUACCCAUAUGCUUGUUUGUCCUCCUAUUCCAUAAAAAAAAAACACACAAAUAAUUACAGUAUCUACUAUUUAACAAUGAAACUUUGAAUAAAUGGUUUUGCACGAAAAGAGACUCAUAUGGUUAAGUGUGUUAAUGCCUGUCAUUUAUAGAGCCACAGGAUAGAAUAUACACCCAUAGUCUGACAAUGUACUAGUAUUUAGUCAAAGUGUACGAGAGAGAACAUCUCUA